GUUUCCGUUGCACCCGAGUGCAUCACCGCAUUCAACGACCUCAAGCUCGGCAAGUCGACCAAGUGGAUCAUCUACAAGAUCUCGGACGACUGGAAGGAGAUCGUCGUCGAGGACUCGUCCACUGAGGCCAACUACUCCGUCUUCCGCGAGAAGCUCCUCAACGCAAAGAGCAAGGACCGAAGAGGAAACGAGGGCAUCGGUGGCAGAUACGCCGUCUACGAUGUCGAGUACGACACUGCCGGCGAGGGCAAGAGAAGCAAGAUCACCUUCAUCGCCUGGGUCCCUGAUGAUGCAUCGCAAUACGAAGCCAUCAAGCGCGCCCUCAACGGCCUCGCCGCCGACAUUCAGGCCAACGACCCUGAUGACAUCGAGUACGAGAGCAUCGUCUCCAGAGUCGCCAAGGGCCGC